CCCUGAAUUGCCUUCAAAACAAUCCCGCCUUAGUGGCGGUCAGAGAAGCCUGCAAAGAAUGGGGAUUUUUCUAUGUCGGAAACCAUGGAAUUCCAAUUGAUCUUCUCCAACAAAUGGAGUUCCAGAGCCGCCAAAUAUAUUCUGUGUCGGCAGAAGCCAAAGAAAGAUCCAGUCAUGAGCUAUCAUCGCAGGGGCAACGCAGAGAGCUUCACCAUGCUGAAUUUACCAGAAUCCGAUUCCAUUAACGAGCUGUCCAACAAGAUAUGGCCACAGGAGGAAAGAUCAACAAUGUUCAGCGAGGCUUUCCGAACGUACUCUUUACGCAUGGCAGAGCUCGCACGAAAGAUCUGUAAAAUAAUUCUUGCCAGUCUUGGCUGGGAUGUGGAGAAUUUCUACCAUUUUCAUUUCGAAAAAUGCAGAGCUCACAUGCGAAUAAUGCACUACUUUUCUGAUGCAAAAUCUGUGGAGGAGGAGCUUCUAUUUUCUCAUACAGAUAUUGGUUGCAUUACAAUUCUUUACCAGGAUAAUGUAGGUGGGCUUCAGAUUCGAUCCAAGGAAGGGGAAUGGCUGAAUGUGAAGCCGAUCUCGAAUUCAUUCGUUGUCAAUUUGGGCGAUUCGAUAAAGGUGCGAAAAAACUGA